AUGGCGAACGGCGGGCAGAGAGUCGUGCUGAUCACCGGCUGCUCAUCCGGGAUCGGACUGCGUAUCGCCGUCACGCUGGCCAAAGAUGAAAAGAAGCGGUACCACGUCAUUGCCACCAUGCGUGACCUGAAGAAGAAGGACAAGCUUGUGGAGGCAGCCGGAGAUGCAUACGGGAAAACACUGAUGUUGCUUCAGCUAGACGUGUGCAGUGACGAGUCGGUGAAGCAGUGUGUCAACAGCGUGAAGGACCGACACAUUGAUAUCCUGAUCAACAACGCCGGCGUGGGCUUGCUCGGACCUGUGGAAAGCAUCACGAUAGACGAGAUGAAAAGAGUAUUUGAAACCAACUUCUUUGGCGUGGUCCGCAUGAUUAAAGAGGUGAUGCCGGACAUGAAGAAACGGCGCUCGGGACACAUUAUCGUCAUGAGCAGCGUCAUGGGUCUUCAGGGAGUCGUAUUCAAUGACGUUUACACUGCAUCGAAGUUUGCCAUGGAAGGAUUCUGUGAGAGUAUGGCUGUGCAACUGAUGAAAUUCAACAUCAGGUUGUCCAUGAUUGAACCCGGCCCAGUGCACACUGAGUUUGAGACAAAGAUGAUGGACAAUGUGGCUAAGAUGGAGUAUCCAGGAGCGGACGCAGACACCGUUCGUUAUUUCAAAGACGUAUACCUGCCAUCCUCCAUCGACAUAUUUGAAGCUAUGGGACAGACACCGGAGGAUAUAGCCAAGUGCACAAAAAAGGUUAUUGAAUCAAGCAGCCCUCGUUUCAGAAACCUGACCAACAGCCUGUACACACCCAUCGUGGCCUUAAAAUACGCAGACGAGACUGGCGGCCUGUCUGUCAACACCUUCUACAACCUUCUCUUCAACUUCGGGCCUCUAAUGCACAUCGCCAUGAGCAUCCUCAAGUGUCUGACGUGCAGCUGCCUGCGUAGACGCACCAUCUCACCCAACUGAACGGGGCGCUCGCCCGCCUCUUUCCUCCCUUUGCCAACACCACCCGCUCCUUACAUCUGUCACUGCGGCUGUGGGCGAAGCAAGUAGACGAGAGCCUGCAGCGAGGAACUGUCUUUAAAUUCAGAGACACUGCCAUGAUAAGCUUUGCCCGGCAACUUGCACGAUUGCACAGGGUUGUCACGGAGAUGUUGCAUGCAGGGUUGCACACACGCCUGGUGGUGGUGUACAUAACGUGUCUUACCGAGAAGGCCGUGCCUUAGUGUUCAUUUUGUUGUUUUUGUUUUGUUUUUUGCUUAUCUAGGGUGGAAUUGAACUGGAAGUGGAUAGAUGUUUAUGAGAAGAUAAUGUUUGAGUCCCAACGGACAGACGACAAGCACAAAAAAAUUAACUCAGUUACAGAGAGUAGAAUCACAGAGAAAGUGUAAUUUGUAGCUUAUUUAAGUACAAUAUGCGGUCAGGCUCACAGGGUUUAGAACAUGAAUCAAAAAGAUGCCCUUUUUUGAAUGUGUGCCUUACCACAGUGUUCUCAUUGUCAUAACUGCUGUUAAAUCAUACUUUGAUUUCUUUUCUUUCUUGAACUGAAUAUUUGGUUUUAAAGGUUUGUGGAGUAUGUCAGACUUUUCUUUUUGGAUUCUAACAAGUUGAUUUAGAAAUAAAGUAAUUUCUAAGUUACAAUGAGAUGUUUUCCUUUUAAGGAUAUAUCAAAAAUAAAAUAUCAGUUUUUGGAAAAAUG